UAAACGUAGAGCAUUUCUGUGUGAUCAGACCUGCGCUCUCCUGUCAUGCUUAGUUUACCCAGUGCCUUGGCAUUUCACGCUCACACACACUGAAGUGACAAGCCAGGAGAAGACUGCGACCUCUGCUCAGGCAGAGUGGCCAGGAUGAUCGGGAUCAUCUGUGAAUGGUUCUGGUGGGACCGCCUGUGGCUACCCGUCAACUUGACAUGGGCCGAUCUAGAAGACAAGGAUGGCCGGGUCUACGCCAAAGCGUCUGACUUGUACAUAACUUUGCCUUACUCCGUAGGUUUCCUCAUAGUUCGCUACAUCUUUGAAAGGUUUGUAGCCACGCCGUUUGCGACUGCCCUCUGUGUGACUGAGGAGAACAGACAAAAAGUCCAGUACAACCCUGUUUUGGAGCAUUAUUUUACUUCCUGUUCCAAAACACCAGGACAGGCAGAUGUUCUAGGCCUGUCAAAAAAAUGUAGCAUCUCCAGUCGCAAGGUGGAGCGUUGGUUCAGGAGGAGACGCAACCAGGAACGUCCAGGGGUCCUGAAAAAGUUCAGAGAGGCCAGCUGGAGAUUUGUCUUUUACCUAGGAGCCUUAAUUGGUGGCAUUAUAGCAGUGUACGAUAAACCCUGGUUUUACAAUUUACGAGAAGUAUGGGACGCUUAUCCAAAACAGUCCAUGAUGGAGUCUCAGUACUGGUACUACAUCCUGGAGAUGAGCUUCUACUGGUCUCUUCUUUUCAGCAUCACAUUCGAUGUGAAACGAAAAGAUUUCAAUGAGCAGAUCAUUCACCAUUUAGCCACACUGACACUGUUGGCAUUUUCCUGGUGUGGAAACUAUAUUCGAGUGGGGACGUUGGUGAUGCUUGUGCAUGAUGCUUCUGAUGUGUUUUUAGAGUCUGCUAAGAUAUUUAACUAUGCCAAAUGGGAAAGAACCUGCAAUGGCAUUUUUGUUCUCUUUGCUGCUGUGUUCAUGGUGACAAGACUUGUUAUCUUUCCAUUUUGGAUCAUCCACUGCACGUGGGUCUAUCCACCUGACUUCUACCCUGUUUUCUUCGGUUAUUACUUCUUCAAUGCUAUGCUGGUUAUCUUGUUGAUGCUGCAUGUAUUCUGGGCCUACCUGAUCCUCCGCAUGGUUAAGAAAUUUCUCUUCGGAAGUUUAACCAAAGAUGAGAGAAGUGACAAUGAAGAAGAGGAAGAUGAUGAAGAGGAGAACAGCAUGCCUGAGGACCACGAUGGACAUCCAAAAGCCACCAAUGGCUGUGGAGCCAACCAUUAAUAACCAACUAGACGCUCCUGCAGAUUCUCAGGUUGCUAAUGACUGAGAGUGACCUUAUGAAGUUUUUUUGUUUGUUUGUUUUAAGUUUAAAUUUUUUUGAAGACCCAGACUCCUAUGGUGUUCGGCUUCUACUGGCUUCAGACUAUGAGAGACACUUUUGAUUUAUUACCACCAGGAAAGUGCCAGAGACCUGACCAGAAACACACUUGCAUCUGUCAACAAUACGAACCCAAACAAGUGCUUGUUUCCUUUUCCUUAGUGCCAAUAAAGACUGAUUGCCUUGGCUCCUCUGUUGUGGCCACACUCUUUACAUGAACCACAAACUAAGCAAGAAGAAAAAGAUCCCUAAAGGAAAAAAAAUUCCAUCAUGCCUAAUUUGAUCCUUAUUGUUCAUUGGAACCCAAUGCUACACAGUGACCUGGAUGCUGUUGAGGCUGCUCUGCUGUUUCUCAUCAGUGAGAUGAAAUCAUACUAUUGGUUUUUACCAUGCUUGAGGAAAAAAAUAAAACUCUAAUCCCAUGAUGUAAGGUCAAGACCUUAUAUUGAUAAGUUGCAUUCUAGGAAGAAAAAAUACACUACACUGAAUGACCCACUACAUUACACUGAAUGUACUUUACUACACAAACUAUCACUGUACUUUCAGCUUGAUGGAGGAGAAACAAGGCUAAUGCUUAUAACAAGGAAAACUAACUUAUAACUAUGCAUCACCUACUUGCCUGAUGUUUGGCUCUGCCUUUGUGUGAAGAAUUAUUUAAUGAACUGCUAAGAAGUGACAGUGUGCAGGAAAGAGCCAUGAACAAAUACAUGCAAAUGAAGAACAAGUAGAAGUAACAGUCCUAAUUUUAUUUAGAUUAAACAAUGUCCUAGUAGGUGUUUUUUAUGUUUGAGUUAAAUAUAUUCUGAUACAUGCUUUCACAUGAAAUAUUUAGUCAUUGACUCUGAAUAUAAAGUAUUUCGUUUUUAAUAAAAAGGCUUUGUUUAUCAAA